AUGGCAGUUUUUCUAAAAAAUACUGAAUCAUACAGUCCUGCCAAAGCAAUAAAAAUAAUAAGAAAUGAAAUGGCAGAAGACCACACUGUGUACAUCAUAGAAAUUAAUUUAGGACCAUUUAAAUGGAAUGUCUGUAAAAGAUAUAAUGAAUUUUAUGAAUUAAAUGAAAAGCUUUUAGGCCAAAUACCAUCUUUGGAUAGAGAUUUAUUACCUAAGAAGAAAAUAUUUGGUAACAAUUCUGAAUCGUUUGUCAAAAAACGACAGCAUCAAUUGGAAAUCUACCUGCAAAGUUUAUUCAGAAGUUUUGAAACAUUACCUGCUGUUUUGCUUAAAUUUUUAGAGUUUCAUAAAUAUGAAAUUCAUGGCAUAGUUGAGGUUUUGUCUGAAGAUUUUUAUGAAAAAGGGGAUCAAAUGUUGUCAUCAAAUAAUUUUUCCACACUGACAACGUUGCAGUUGAAUGCAUUGUGCACCAGGCUGCAACUACCUGAGCCAACAUGCGGUUCUUAUAAUAUGAAGAGAGACUUGGGUCAUUUGUUGGAUUUUGUGACAAGAGUCAAAUUUCUGCAGGUUGUGUUAGGACACUCCCUCCCAUUCGGCACGAGCAACAUUAUCCCAAAUGAAUUAAGCUACCACUUCCAACACUUCAAAUCACUCGAAUCUUUGAAGUUUUCCAACUGUAGAAUGGAGCGUGUGAAAAUUGAGGACAACGUGAAGAAACAUCUGAAGCAGUUAUAUGUUUGCAAAACUCUUUCAGCCCUAAAAGAGAUCCUGAUGAGCGGCGUGCACUGGACGGAGGACUGCAGCGAAAUGCCCACUCAAUUGCUCGAUGCAUGUUCCUGGCCGAACGUCACGCUCGCCAAUUUCAACGACAACAAAAUCGAAUGCAUUGACGACUCAAUAAAAUUGUUGCCUCAUCUUGAACAACUAUCCCUCGUCCGUAACAAACUCCAAGAAAUUGAGCAUCUCUAUCACCUGUCGUUCCUUCGGUCGAUAGAUCUUUCAUCAAACUACAUAUCCAAUCUCGAAUCUUUGCACAUCAAGUUAGGAAACGUCACCUGCUUGAAUCUAUCCAGAAAUCGCAUAUCCACGCUCUCAGGUUUUCAGAAAAUGUAUUCCUUGCAGAAAUUGAACCUAAGCUACAACAGUUUGCUGCAAAAGGAAGAGAUCUACCACCUCCGCCAGCUGCCCAACUUGGAAUAUCUCGACACCCGCAAAAAUCCCAUGGCGAAAAGUGAAGGCUAUCGCGUUGAUGUCUACGAGAUGUUUGGAGAAAGGGCGCAAGAUGUAUUUUUAUUUUUCUAUUUUUUAGUUUUCAGUUUUUACUUAUUAAUCGUUGCAAUUUUCAGAUAA